CCACCCCCCAACCUCACGCGUUCUCGCCUUCCUGCAGCCUGCCGCGUACGGUCUACAGCAAACUCUGCCCGCUCUGAAUCUCAGCUACUCGGCUCCCAUCCCACAUCUACCUCUAUGUGAAAAUGAGCUUCUCUCAACUGCCGGCAGAACUCCAGAUUCAAAUAUUCAGCUAUCUUCGAGUGCCGGACCUCAAAUCAGCACGGGGAGUCUGUCGGAGGUUCCGCGAUCAUGCAUCAGUAUCGUUGUUUCGGAGUAUUGUAGCUUGUGCUCGGUAUCAAGCUAUGGGUGCUUUCCAGAAGGUCGCGUUGCACUCCGUCUAUCCGACCUAUGUGAAGGAGAUCAUAUUCGACGGCUCGAUGUACGACGGUGGGCUUGCGAACAAUGAGUAUGCGUACCAGCAGCGUGCGGACGAUUUUGAAGACCUUCGCGGCGUGGUGAGUUGGGCAAGGCGUUCUAGGUUUAAGCGAUAUCAGGAGCUAUACAAGGAACAAGAAGACAUCAAGAACGGGCAUGUUCUUCUGCAGACCAUAGCCCGAGCACUGGAGUGGAUGCCGAACGUAUUCUCCAUCGUCUAUUCGCCAGGACCUCACCACAUUCCGGGCGAAGCUAAACUAAUGAAGGAGACAAUCCCACGAGGCGUAAUCGCCACACAUUCGAGCUUCCUCACCCCACGCCGUGGAAAGCUACAGGAUGGCAUUCAUCAUGUCAUUGGGGCAGUGUACAUUGCUCAAUACACUGGCAUCCGCGAAUUCAAGGUUGAGCCAGCCCGCCACAACCCGUCAAAACCAGGGACAGAGUUCACUCUCUGCGCCUUCGACUUUGAAGAGCCAGGUCACUUGGAAGCCGGCAAAUACUUCUUCCGCCACUUGCACAAGCUGGAGCUGAGCCUAUCACUUUUGUCGCCUCUAGGUAGAGGUGCUGCCCCCGUAGGCCGGGAAGCGCUGGACUGUCUCGCGAAUAUGGCAGCUUUACUCCUUGAAGCCAAGGAUCUGCGAGACCUGAAGCUCCAUCUUGCACAUUACGAUGUUAGCCCGCAGCGAAUGUACGGUCACAUUAUCCCGCACGGCCAGCCGAUAUACCCUUUCCUGGGCCUAGGAGCGAAGUGGCCGAACCUACGCUCUCUCAGUCUGGAGGGUAUCUAUGCGGAAGAGGAAGACCUGAAGGAUCUAAUUUCGCGGCACAAGGAGACUCUUGUCUCCCUACAGUUCAGUUUUUGCAGCCUAUUUUCAGGAAAAUGGUCAAACAUUGUCGACGACGUCGUCUACACCACGAACAUUCUGCCAUUUGUCCUGGGUCGCGUCCACGAGACCACCAUCCGCGAUGUGCCCUUCUCCAAUAUACCAGACGAUGAGGCUGAGCGUUGGCAGUACGAAGGUCAGGUCCAGGUGAAUGCGGAGGGCGAGCGAUACUUUGAUGAACCUCCGGACAAAUCGGUUUAUGCAUGGCGUAAUCAAGGUCAAGUUGAGGCCUGAUUUGGCGCGUCGUUCGAUCCCCGUAGUUUCUGUGCGGUUACUAUCGCAUAGUUGACAGUUCAGAGCACUCUCGGAGGCUCUUCACGAAAGGGCGACUCAGCCUGGCUCAGCUGGCGUUUGGCUCGUAAGGAGGAUACAGAUAGGACGGCGAAGACGUGAUCUUGGGAACUUUGGCAUGAACUCAUCAAUGGACUCUCCAUCAUAGCAACUAGGGUGCAUAUCUCGGUGAGUGCGAAGCCAUCCAUUUCCGAUCUAUUUUUAUACGCUCCCAAUCGGGCGCCUCCGCAUUUUAGACAUCUUACGGACCCACGUCAGCCUUGCCGAAUCGUACACCGAUCCUGCAGCCCUACGGCGGAUCGCUACGGCGGAUCCACUUCGCUUCUAAUUCUACACCUUGGCCAACGCCUAUCAUGACU